CUUCUCAUCCAACCAUUAGUAACAUUCAGGUAGCAUUUACUGGCAUGAUUACUGAACUUGAAACCUAUUUUAAACCUAAUUCUAGUCAUCCUGUUGCAUCUGCUAUUUAUGAAAAAUUAAAAGAAUAUUGGAAUCAUUAUUUUAAUAUUCAUUCGGCAAUUCCUGCUGUUUUAGACUCUCGAUCUAAACUGACUAAUUUUUCAUCAGAUCAAGCUAAAUUAUCAUCUUCCAAGUCCUAUUUUGAUAAAGUCAGGGUACGUCAUCAACAAAAUAAGCCACCAAAAACUCCUUUAGAAGAAUUAAACAAUUAUCUAGAACUUCCUCCAGAAGAAAAUACUGAUCCUUUAUCAUGGUGGAAAAUAUAUCAAGCAAGAUAUCCAAUUCUUUCAAGGCUUGCAAGGAACUAUCUGACUAUUCAAGCUACUAGCAUCACAGAAGGCCUUGGUCUAGGUCAAACUGAAGAUAUGGUAGUAGAAAAUACAUAG